AUGUCGCGCUUUGGUGCAAAGGGCAAACGCGCCCCUGGCGCUGAAUUUACUUGGGAUGCUGACCCCGGCGGCGUGCCGGAUACAGCUCCUACGCCCUUGUACCCUGCAUAUGUCGUUCCGCUUUCUCGUUCUCUGUCUCUGCGAGAAAAAGCUGAGGUAAACCACUACCGGCAUCUUCGAGAACAAAACAACGAGGGUCCCUAUUACUCUGUCCUCGAUUCCUCUGCAUCUAGUGCAAAGAAGGGCAGUGCAGCACGCGUCAACUUUGAUCCGUUUCACGGCAUGCCCUCGUACUCCGGACGGUACCAGAAAAAGCGGAGAACAAUCCCCAAGAUCGCCAAUAUUGGUCGUAAUUAUGUAUCUCCUGGUCCUGAAGAAACCAGAUUCUGGCCUCGCGAGCUGUGGCCGAUUAUCAUGCCGAACUUCCGACCUGGUGCCUCGAUCGACGGCUUCCAGACGAACAUGGCGAUCGCUGGAAUGAAGCGUGGCUUUGAAGAUGACGAAGAUGAUGCCGAGGAGGAGGCCGCCAAGAAACGGGCCACUGGGGGAGACGAUGACGAGGGUGAUGCCGAGGUUGACGAGGGCGAACUGCUCGAGGGCGACGAAGAUGCCGAGGAGGAGAUCAUCGACGAUGACUUCGAGGAUGACGAAGAGGAACUGGGCGGUGAUUACAAUGCCGAACAAUACUUUGAUGGCGGUGACGACGAAUUUGGAGAUGACGGGUUUGGCGAUGGCGGAGGAGGCGGUGGUGAUGAAGACACCUAUUGA